UCUCUCUUCCAGACUUGCCAGAAGCAACAGAGGACUAAAGAUGAAGAUCUUUUUCUUAUUCACCUUUUCCACUUUUUUGUUUUCUGCUUUUGAACAAGCAGCUGCUUCUGCUCACUAUGACAAGAUUUUAACUCAUAGUCGAAUAAGGGCACGCGACCAAGGCCCCAAUGUCUGUGCCCUUCAGCAAGUUAUGGGAACAAAAAAGAAAUACUUCAGCACUUGCAGAAACUGGUACCAGGGAGCCAUCUGUGGAAAGAAAGCAACUGUCUUAUAUGAAUGUUGUCCUGGCUAUAUGAAAAUGGAUGGUACAAGAGGAUGUCCUGCAGUUGCUCCUAUUGAUCAUGUAUAUGGCACACUUGGUAUUGUGGGAGCUACUUCCACGCAGCAGUAUUCUGACAUAUCAAAGCUGAGAGAAGAGAUUGAAGGACGAGGAUCAUUCACUUUCUUUGCACCAAGCAAUGAAGCCUGGGAGCAAUUAAAUUCAGAAAUUCACAGGAAUUUGGUUGACAAUGUAAAUAUUGAACUGUAUAAUGCUCUCCACCACCACAUGGUGAACAGGCGUAUGUUAACAAAAGAUCUUAAGAAUGGCAUGACUCUGGUGUCUAUGUAUAAUGAUCAGAAAUUGCUUAUUAACCAUUAUCCUAAUGGGGUUGUUACUGUUAACUGUGCCAGGAUCAUCCAUGGCAACCAGAUUGCUACCAAUGGUGUUGUUCAUGUCAUUGAUCGUGUCCUGACUGCUGUUGGAAAUACCAUUCAAGAUUUCAUUGAAGUCGAAGAUGAUCUUUCAUCUCUUAGAGCUGCUGCCAUCACAUCAGAUGUCUUGGAUACUCUUGGAAGGCCUGGUCAUUACACACUCUUUGCUCCUACUAAUGAAGCUUUUGAGAGACUUCCAAGGGGAGUCCUGGAGAGGAUUAUGGGUGAUAAGGUGGCUUCUGAAGCUCUAGUGAAGUUCCAUAUUUUAAAUACUCUCCAGUGCUCUGAAGCCAUCACAGGUGGAGCUGUCUAUGAAACCUUGGAAGGAAACACAGUUGAAGUUGGUUGUGAUGGUGAAAGUUUGACUGUGAAUGGAGUGAAGAUGGUAAAACGCAAAGAUAUUGUGACAAGCAAUGGCGUCAUCCAUCUCAUUGAUGAAGUCUUAAUUCCUGAUUCUGCCAAGCAAGUCAUUGAGCUUGGUGGUGCCCAGCAGACUACUUUUACAGACCUGGUGGCACAGCUAGGACUCGCAUCUUCUCUAAGACCAGAAGGCCAAUACACUCUUCUGGCACCUCUGAAUGGUGCUUUUUCAGAUGACACCUUAAGGAUGGAUCAACGCCUUCUUAAAACAAUCCUGCAGAAUCACAUUAUAAAAGUGAAAGUUGGGCUCAAUGAACUAUACAACGGACAAGAGCUGGAGACAAUUGGAGGAAAAUUGCUUAGAGUCUUUGUGUAUCGCACAGCUGUAUGUGUUGAAAAUUCAUGCAUGGUGAGAGGAAGUAAAGAAGGAAGGAAUGGUUUUAUUCACAUCUUCAGACAGAUCAUCAAUCCAGCAGAAAUGACGUUGCAUGAAAUGCUGAGGAAUGAUAAGCGUUUUAGUGUUUUCCUCAGUCUGGUGAAAGCUGCAGAUUUAGAUGAUGUUCUGUCACGACCUGGAGAAUGGACUCUAUUUGUUCCUACUAAUGAUGCCUUUAAAGGUUUAACUGAUGACGAUAAGGAUAUAUUGAUAAGAGACAAAAAUGCUCUCAGAAAUAUUCUUCUUUACCACUUGACACAAGGAGUUUUCAUUGGAAGUGGCUUUGAACCUGGUGUGACAAACAUUCUUAAAACCAUCCAAGGAGGGAAACUCUACUUGAAAACAGUGAAUGAUACCCUUCUGGUUAAUGAACUCAAAUCAACAGAAUCUGAUCUCAUGGCAACCAACGGUGUCAUUCAUGUUAUUGAUAAACUCCUAUAUCCAGCAGAUCUGCCUGUUGGAAGUGAUCAGUUGCUCACAAUCCUGAAGAAGUUGAUUAAGUACAUUCAAAUUAAGUUUGUUCGUGACAGUACCUUCAAAGAGAUUCCACUGACGUUUUACAAAAUUAACAUAAUUGAAAGCAACGUCCAGCCCAUCAUCAGAAAGGAAGACCCAUCCGUCACACAGCUCACUAAAUUAAUUGAAGGGGAACCUGAGUUCAAAAUAGUCAGGGAAGGGGAGACAGUAACUAAAGUGAUUCAUGGAGAACCAAUCAUUAAAACAUACACCAAAAUCAUUGAUGGGCGACCUGUGGAAGUGACAGAGAAAAAAGUCACAGAAGAAAGAAUUAUUCAAGGUCCUGAAAUAAAAUAUACCAGAAUUACUGCAGGUGGUUCAGACAAUGAAGAAAAGUUAAAGAAAUUGCUUGAAGAAGAGGUUACCAAGGUGACCAAAUUUAUUGAAGGUGAUGGUCAUUUACUUGAAGAUGAAGAAAUCAAAAGACUUCUGCAGGGAGCUGGAACUGAGUACACCAAGGUUACUAAAGUAAUUGAGAGAGAGCCACAGAUUAUCGAGAGAGAAAUCAAGAAAGUCCAUCUGGAAGAAGCACCUGUACGGAAAGCACAACCAACCAGGAGGACACAAGGGGGAACGGCAAGAAGGAGGACAAGACUAGCGAAUCACUAAAAGCUUUCCAAGAUAGAAUCCACAAAAUUACAAAUUAACAGCACGGUCUUUGAGCGGAAGACAAACUGUUAAAAAAAAAAAAAAAAAAAAAGAAAAAAACCCCAAAAAACCCCAAAACAAAACCAAACAAACAAAAAACAAACAAACAAACAAGAUCCUUAGAAAAUGACAUUGUUUUGAUAACAAUGUAACCUGAACCAUGAAUCCACAAAAAGAUGUGAAGCUGCAGAUGCUCCUUGCUAGCACAGUGCUUACAAGGAGUAGUCCAUUGGUUGGUGCUUUAACUGCUCUUGAUAGUAAGCACUAUUCAGGGUGAGAUCCUGGCACUUCUAGAGAAUCCUGGAGAACCAGGAUUCCUUCUUAUGCUGGCUACUAAGUGUUUGCAGGAUUGAAUUCAAAAAGAGCAGGGAACAAUACGGAAUGUAUUUUUUUCUUUUUUUUUUUUUAAUACUAUUUUUUAAUGCUAUUUCUUCUAAAUAAGAAAUAUAAAUGAAAUUAGAUCUUUUCUAGAAAAAAGAUCACUUCGGGUGACUUCUGGAGUAAUCUAAGGAAAUAUGAGGUGUUACAAUAGCACUUUUGGUUCAGUAGUAUUGUAUGCUUUUUCUAAGUCAAACUUCAUCAUGUGUUUAAUGUCAUAAUGACACCAGUAAUGUUACCAUUUCUAAACAAACCAAUAUGUCUUAUAUUAAAUGUAUCCUUUUCUUUUUGUUCUGCAUUGCAUAUCCAAAUGCCUUUUAGUAACAUGGAUAACGGAAGCUCUUAAAAAGAAGAAAAGCAAAUAUUAUGAGCUUCUUGAAAUGUAAUUUAGAUCCUGUUGACUUCUUUAAGAAAAAUCUUUCCCUAUAUCAAUACAUAUACUGAGAUUCUUAAGCAUUUUCCCACUUUUCCCUAAAUAAAUUUUGAUUAUUAAAGUGAAUUAUAAAAGGGAUAAAUAAAAUGCAUGCAAACAGUUAACUCAGCAUGGAAAAAGAUUUUACAACAAUGAGGCUAUGUCUUGAAAGCUUUUAUAUCAAAACAUGCUUUGCUAAUGUCUGGUACUAAUGUGGAGUUUUCUGUAAAUUAUGUCAAUUUUAUACCUCUAGUUUUGUACUCAUAAAACUUGUUUGCCUUUAUUAACAAAAGUUGGAAACCAAUUACUCAUGGAGUAGAAAAAAUGUGUUCAAAGUGCCUUAAUUCUGCAGACCAAAGUUUCAGACAAGUUAUCUAAUGUGCUUUUAUACUUCUGGUUUCAAACAAAUACUCAAUAAAGAAUUUGGCUGAACUA